GCUUGUCAGUAUUUUAGUUUACUUGGUUUGGUGUUGGUUGUCGAGUGUUACCUGCUGCAGACGCUGAACCCAUUGUGGUAACAAUAAUUAAUCGACACCAGCAGUCGGUGCUCUGUUCUCUUCAUCUGAACUAAACAAUGUGUUAGUGAUGGCACCAAGUUUGAGUAAAUAUGCAAAUAAAAAUUGUGUCAUUGCUGCAGCCGGUGUCUCAACACUAUUGUGGAUUUUGGCAAACAGAAGGAAGAAGCGAAUUGGCAAUGAUAUCAAGAAGAAGACGAAAAACAAGGAAGAGGACGUGAAGUACCUCAUUGCCGAAAAGACGAGUCCCACUGUGAAAGUUCAGGUCGAUAGGAAAUUUUUUAAACAGUUGGGGCAGCUUUUGAAAAUUGUGAUACCUGGAAUAACCACCAAAGAAUCGUUUUUGAUGGUAUUGGUGGCUAUGAGUUUGGUGGCAAGAUCCGCGUGUGAUAUAUGGCUGAUCAACAAUGGCACGAAAAUUGAAAGCGCCAUCGUGUCGAGAGAUGCCGAACUAUUCAAGAAACGCCUGAUGAAGCUGAUAGUCGCCAUACCAGUCAUCUCCGUUGUAAAUAACGUACUCAAAUAUUCCAUCGGCGACCUGAAGAUAAGACUCCGCACCAACAUGACCAAGAGGCUCUACGAUGAAUAUCUCACCAACUUCACCUAUUACAGGAUAGCCAACUUGGACAACAGGAUCGCCAACGUCGACCAACUCCUCACCAACGACGUGGACAAAUUCUGCGAGAGCGUGGCAGACCUCUACUGCAACACCGCCAAGCCACUCCUGGACAUCGGCAUCUACGUUUACAAGCUGUCGACGACUCUGGGAGGUGGCACCCCAGGUUUGAUGUUGGGGUAUCUGCUACUGUCCGGAGCACUUUUGACGCACCUGAGAAAACCCACAGCCAAGCUGACGGCGGGCGAACAGAAGCUAGAAGGAGAGUUUAGACACGUAAACUCUCGUCUCAUCACCCACUCUGAGGAGAUCGCCUUCUACAACGGCAACUCCAGGGAGAAAACCACCCUUAUAGCUAGUUACAACAAGCUGCUGAAUCAUCUGAACCAGUUCUUGAAGUUCAAGAUAAUUAUGGGCGUGACCGACAACUUUAUAGCCAAGUAUUUCGCGAGCGUUGUGGGAUUCCUCGCCGUCUCCCUACCCUUCUUCCAUUGCAACCACCCCCUCUACUCCUCCACUCACGGGGAACGUUCCAGGCUGUACUACACCUACGGCAGGAUGUUGGUCAAGUUGGCUGAGGCCAUAGGAAGGUUGGUAUUGGCUGGACGUGAGCUGUCUAGGCUGGCAGGCUUUACAGCUAGGAUGACUCAGUUGAGGGAUGUGUUGAAGGACUUGAACGAAGGUAAAUACCAGAGAACCAUGGUGCCCGGUUCCGAAAACUUGAACAUACACGGUGGAAAGAUAGUCUUCAAGAACCACCUGAUCAAAUUCGACAAGGUUCCUUUGAUAACCCCAAACGGUGACAUCUUGAUCAAGGAGAUAUCCUUCGAGAUCAAAUCUGGGAUGAACGUCCUAGUAUGUGGUCCUAACGGAGCUGGAAAGUCAUCUCUCUUCAGGGUUCUAGGAGAGUUGUGGCCUCUAUUCGGUGGUGAACUCACAAAACCACCUCGAGGCAAGCUGUUCUACGUCCCGCAAAGGCCUUACAUGACCUUGGGAUGUCUGAGGGAUCAGUUGACUUAUCCCCACUCGGGAGCUGAGGCUCUAAGGCGUGGAACUACAGACGCUCAGCUGGAAGAGUACCUGAACCUCGUGUGCCUCGGGUACCUCCUCGAAAGGGAGGGAGGUUUGGACGCUGUCGCCGAUUGGUUGGAUGUGCUGAGCGGUGGGGAGAAACAAAGGAUUGCGAUGGCAAGACUGUUCUAUCACAAACCCCAAUUCGCUAUUUUGGACGAGUGUACCAGCGCUGUAUCUGUUGACGUUGAGGGUAGUAUGUAUAGUUAUUGUAGGGAUGUAGGCAUCACAUUACUGACUGUAUCGCACCGAAAAUCACUGUGGAAACAUCACGAAUUUGUUCUGCAUCUAGACGGCAGGGGGAGUUAUACCUAUAAACCUAUAGACCAAGCUGAGGAGUUUGGGUCUUAGGGAUCACGUGUAUUGAGAUUUUUCUAGGUGAAUUAAUUGUGUAUUAUUUAAAUCGGAAGUAACUAGGAAUAAUUGAUUGUUAAUGAUAUUUCUGAAUGAUCGCCUUGAAUAUGAAAUUGGUUUUCAUAGAAUUUUUUUUCAUUCAGGCUUUUACCACUGAAUGAAUGGGAAUCAUGUUCAAAAUACGGAAAGUUCCAUCAAAAAGAUUUGUUUCACAUUUGGUAAACUAAUUAAGUCAAUUCCAUGGUUUUUUUAAUUGCUGUCAGAUGUUUAUCUUUAUUGUUUCUGAAAAAAAAUUUCAUUUUACUCACCUACAAAUAUUCUAUUGGAAUUCUGAUGAGGAGAUAUGUGAACAAUGAAUAUUCAUGAUUGGUAAUUUGUCAGGAAAACAAGAAGAAUUGUUAUUCUUGAAUUGAUGACUCGGAAAUUCAGGUCUAUCCCAGAAAUAUCAUUUUACUGUUGUUAAGGAUUUAUGUUUUUAUGUUGUACUAUUGAAUGAAAUUAUUUUGAUGUUUUAUGUGCUUCCCAAUAUGUGAUACAUAUAACAUAAGUUUAGAAUUAUCGAAAAAAUCUAUCAAAACGAAAACUUCAAUUUUGGAUGAAUAAGAAUUUAAAUAAAAUCUUGUGUCCUCAAAAUCUUCGUUGUGUCGUCCUUUGCUAAUCAUUUAUAGUCUGAAAAACAAAGUAUUAAGGUGCAAUAUGCUAUUAUUUCACAAGUGUUUUUUUUUCGUUGGGUCAUUGUAUUCUUUUUGGAAUAAAACUUUGGUUUUCAAAUUUAGAAAAAUAUUGUGACUGACGUUGUGUGUUUUAUGUUUUUUUGGAAAUCUUACCUUUUUUCUUCAAAUCAGUUUUCCGUGGCACAUCCGUUCUGGUCUAUUAUAAAUAUACACGCACCAAGUUAGUAACUUGAUCUUCCUUGUUAUACAAAAUACAAUGUGGGACAGAAAUGAUCUGUCAAGAAUUUUAUUUUUGAAUUUAUAUUAAAAAAUUUUAAAUCAA